UUUUCUGUUUACAAUGAGCUCUAUAGUAGUGGGCGUGGCACAGCACAGGUGAGAGGCAGCAGCAGGAAAUCUCAAACAGGAAGCUGAAAAAAACCUGGGCUGUUUUUUUCUCUCGGCACAAACGACAACAAGAUCACACGGAGUCCAAAGGUGAGGAUGCCAGAGAGGGGACGACACCACCACCACAGGGGUGAUGAGUAUGACGAGUACAGGAGCAGGGACAGGGACUACUCACACGACAGAGACCACGCUUCGUACGAUGGCAGGGGUCGCAACCAAAAGCCGAGGGACGUGGACGAGAGAGGCUCUGCUGGUGACAGGAGGGGCAGACAAAACAGACAGAGGGACGUGACACCUGUCUCUCACAACGAGCCACCUGCUUACAGAGACCACGAGCGUGAAGGACCCUCGAGACUGUCCAGAGACACCUCAGCGUAUCACCCUGAAGGGGAGUAUUAUGAGCAACAACACAAACAAGCUCUGUACAAUCUCAGAUACCUCUUAACCAGCAGAGGUCUCUGCCAGCUGAUGGAGCUGUUUUUGAAUCUCCUUAUUGUCAUCUGUGCCGGAGUGCCAUACAGCAACAAAGGGGGUUACCGUGACCUGGCCAGCCUUGGUGGGGUCUACCACUAUCACUUUGGAGGAGCCCAGGCCUUCACCGGAGCCGAUGCAGAGAGGGUGAAGGAGCUGGACCGGCUGUUCCAUCAGCUCUCGCGUCCUCCGUAUGUCUUCACCAUGGCCUGCGGUGGGGUUCUGAUGAUCUAUGUGUGUGCCAUGCUAGCCCUGGGAAUUUUUAGGGUCCCAUACCGCUGGCCCCCCGUGCUGCUGGGGGAGGCUCUGGUGAACUUCCUGAUCGGCCUGGGCUACAUCCCUGCGCUGGCCUUCUACUUCAUUAAGCUGCAGGGGACCUACAACGACCCCAUCUGUAAGGAGAGAGAGCAGAUGUACAAGAGCAAAGGGCACAAGGGCUUCGAGUGCCAGUUCCACGGUGCGGAUAUCGCAGGAGGUCUCUUUGGGGUGGUGGGGGUGUUUGUUUUCAUCUUCGGCGCAGUGUUAGCUGUCAGAGCGUUCAGAUCAGUGCGGGAGCUGAAGAGGCAAAGAGCAAAUGAGGACAAUCAUUUUUGAGGCUUUACUCCGUGGCAUAUUUGAGCAAUAAUGGAUCUCUUUGACAUGGAAAUAGUUUUUUAUUGUCAUAUUAGGUGUUACUAUGCAUUCACUCUUGUUGAAUGUGAUCUGUGAAUUAGCUUUUUAUCCAUUUUUUUACUCUGAACAAGCUUUUUAAAUUGAUUUUGUAGAAUAAUUUUUUAUUCCUACCGCUUAUCCAGUUUACAUACAUGUGUACUGUCUGUUUUAUUUUCUAUAAAUGUGUCACUAUAAUAAAACACUUAAAUUAUA